GGGCAAUGACGGUGAGGGCAGAAGGUGGGCAAGGGGGCCCUGAGCAACCCCCCCCUCCACCCCGGGGUCACGUGGUCCCGGGCAAUGACAGUGAGGGCGGAGGGUGGGCAGGGGGACCCUGAGCCACCUCCCCCUGGGAUCACGUGGUCCCGGCCCGAGAGAUGCUGCGCGCCGCGUUGCGGGCGGUCCGCUGCCUGGUACCCAGGGGCGGCCAGUGCCGAGCGCCGCUCCGGGCCGCCCCGCCGCCCGCGGGAACCCAGCCCCGUGGCCGGCAGGUCUGGGCCGCUGCCCGGAGCGGCCGCCGCCCUUUCUCCGCCGCUACCGCCGCCGGGUGCUGGCGGUGCGGGGCCACCCCCCGAGCGCCGGGCUUCUUCUGCCCGUCCUGCCGGGCCCUGCAGCCCCCGGACCGGCGGCUCGAUUACUUCCAGCUGCUGGAUCUGCCGCGCCGCUUCCGCCUGGACGCCGAGCGGCUGCAGGAGUCGCAGCGGCGGCUGCAGCGGGCCCUACACCCGGACAACUUCGGCCGGAGCUCCGAGGCUGAGCGCCGCUACUCGGAGCAGCAGUCGGCCCUGGUCAACGAGGCGUACGCCGCCCUGCUCCGGCCCGUGUCCCGGGGCCUCUACCUGCUGCGGCUGGAGCUAGCAGACGACGAGCCGGCGGAGGACGAGGCCGAGGCCGACUCUGCCUUCCUGGGCACCGUGCUGGAGCUGAACGAGCAGCUGGCCGAGGCCGGGAGCCAGGCCGACGUGCGGCGUGUGGCCGCCUCGGUCGAGGAGCGGCUGCGGGAGCUUGAGGAGCGGGUGGCGCGGGCUUUCGAGCAGGGACACCCGCGGGACGCCCGGCCGCUGCUGCGGCAGAUGAAGUACUGGAGCAGCAUCGGAGACAGGAAUGAAGCAGAUCGCACUGUAACAUGGGUAUCCAUGGAUUGAUGUCCUACGUUGGAGAAAAUAAUCAUUUUUUUGAUAAUAUAAAAUUGCAAAAUACUAGAAUUGUAGUUGAUGGCAAUAAUUUAUUUCACAGACUUUAC